GAAGAGAUGGGAAGAGGGAAGAUUGUGAUUCAAAGAAUUGAUAACUCUAGUAGCAGGCAAGUGACUUUUUCGAAACGAAGAAAGGGGUUGAUUAAGAAGGCAAAAGAACUAGCAAUUCUUUGUGAUGCAGAAGUUGGACUUGCGAUCUUUUCUAGCUCUGGCAAGCUGUAUGAAUUUGCAAGCACCAGUUUGAGAUUUUUAAUAACAAGAUACAAUAAAACAAAAGAAGAAAAUCAACAAUUGAUGAAUCCAACAUCAGAAGUUAAGUGUUGGCAAAGGGAGGCAGCAGUAUUAAGGCAACAAUUGCACAACUUGCAAGAAAGCCAUAGGAAAUUAUUGGGAGAACAACUUUAUGGUUUGAGUGUCAAAGACCUACAAAGUUUAGAGAAUCAAUUGGAAAUGAGUUUGCAGGGUAUUCGCAUGAAAAAGGAACAAAUCUUAACAGAUGAAAUACAAGAGCUUAAUCGAAAGGACAACCUUAUCCAUCAGGAAAAUUUGGAACUAUGGAAGAAGGUUAACCUUAUACGUCAAGAAAACAUGGAAUUGUACAAUAAGGUUUAUGGUACAAGGGACAAGAAUGCAACAACUAGCAACUCCUUCAUCUUGUAUGGUUUCAAUAGUGAAGAAAGUUCCCAAAUCCCUACCCAUCUACAACUAAGCCAGCCUGAGCAGCCAAACUAUGAGGCACCACCCAAAGCAACCAGGUAA